AUGGAUGUCCUCGGUAACGACAAGAGAUGGCUUGUGACUCUUGUUACCUCAAAUAAGGUCGUGGCUCCAGUUUUACAGGAUAUCGUGAAACAAGGAAUGGACAAUCUGUAUGCUUUUCUAGAUAAUCACCUUAAUGGCUUACCGACACCUUGUAGUCUACAAACACUGACCUAUGCAGAGGUAUGCCAUCUAGCAGCCACGCCAAGUCCUGCUUCUUCGCUUAGAGGCUUAAAUUUCGGAAAUAUUAACAACAAUUCUAGUGUUCAUGGAAAGACCAAAACGGCCAAAACGGCCUAUAACUACAAUGUAAACAGCUCAGUUGAUCUUGCCAAGCUUUAUCUCCCAGACUACCUGGCAGUAUUCUCGGCAUUCGACAAAUCUAUGGAUUUGAGUGCCGCUCUUAGACUAUUGGGAUGUAGGAAGUAUCCCAUACAAAUAUUCGUUUCUUCCGAUCCUUUGCAAGAUAUUCAGCCUUUGGCGGAUGAUGUCAGAGAGAAUGUCAGGAAUCGGGGAAGUCAUUUUAAAGAGAGUGACUGGACCCAAAUCUUCUUUGACCAGUGCUUUGACAAGUUAGGGGCUCUGCUCCAAUAUCUGCCACUGCUUCCCGACAAAAAAAAGGAGCUUUUGGAUGAACUUUCUGCAUGGAAAACAGAAGGUACUAGAAAUGUCUCGAGCUGUGUAAUGUAACUAUUCAAGGAAUAGCUUUAGUUUAAUAUAGCAAUUCUCUAGGUUGGAUGUUCACUCAAGACCAAUGUAAAUACGCUUAAAGAGAGCAAAGACGCGGCUUUCCAGGGUUCACAAGACAUUCUUUCCGGAAAUUUGAAAACAUAUGUUUUUUGACUGCAUUUUCAGUAUUUUACCUUUAAACGAAGCUUCGAAAACACUAACCACUUAGGAGCCAAACUCUGCGCAAACUCCUAACCCUGUUCGUGCUCAUGACGCUUGACUGCUUUUCGCUCACAGGAAUUAAGCCCACUAUAUAAUCUGUGGCAGGGCAUAUUCCUGACUUUCAUUCAUGGCCCUUUGAAUAUGUUUGUGAUCGUUUGUCUUUUAUUAUUCUCAUCAAAUUAAAUUAGACUGCCUGCCAUUGCCAUGAUGUUUUCAUUCCCUUGGCAACUCACGCGAAACUCCGCUUCAGGGGUUUUCCUUGUGCCAACCUGGUCGUUGCAAUCAAGUAAGCACAACAACAUACUCAGAGGAGCCAUCUUCAGUAAUAUGAAGUAGAAACUGUCUUACUUAGUACUCAAAUGCCGUAUCUACAGUGACAAAUUAUUUCCUCUCACCAGUUACUUAACUUAAUCUCUGCCUUACAAAACAGUCAUCAUUAUUAUCAUCAUCGACAUCAGAGUUGACAUUAUUAUUAUUAUUAUUAUUAUUAUUAUUAUCAUCAUCAUUAUUAUCAUCAUUUAAUGUACAUUCAUCAUUUUUAGGGUUCAAGCGGAUUGUUGACAAUGACGUCAAAGAUCUACUGGAAAAAUUCCAAAACGUCAAACUUGCUUCAAUUAAUGACAAAUUGGACGACAUGCCAACUAGGGAGGAGAACGAAAGAGUGAUAGAAAAGCUGUCUUCCUUUCACACCAGUAUGAUGGAUAGAUUAGAUAGAAUGGAAUUCUUACUUCAAUCCUUACUAGACAGUAAGUCUAAAAACAACGACUACUUGCAAUAUGUAAAAUCCCAGUGAAAAAUAAUGUUGUAAGAGAGGACUCUUCUGGCUGCUAACAAUUUCACCCACAGAAGCGCGUAAAUUUUCCAUUAAUACUCGCCAGCGAAUCGGGGACCACAUAGUUAAUUAGAUACAGAGAGUUAAAUUGUUAUUGUUGUGUUGCAAAAGUGUGCAGUUUUGCUCAUUGGACAAGCCAGUACUGUCGACGUGCACAGAGUUAACUGUCCUAAUUGUUCUAUAAUUGUUUUUUAAUUUAUUUUACCUUUAAAUGCGACCAUACUUCGGUUAUUUCAAAAACCACACGUCUUUUUCAUUAACCUGGUUGCAUUUGUUAAAUUAUGCAGGCAUCAGCGUCAGUGCUCUAAAUCCAGAGGGUAGCAAGAGAGUGCACUCUACAGAAUCAAGCGUCUUAUAUACAGACGCCACUUUCAAAGAAACACGCCAAAUGAGGGAAAAGGUAACAUAACAUGAUAACAGAUAGUUUCCAGUCAAAGGCCCAGACAUUAGACAAAAACAUAAUUUAUUUACUGGAGUCGGGUUUGCCAGGCCUGGGGCUAGUGUCGAUAAAAAAGUCAGCCUUGUAUUAGCUACGAUGUGCAGUAACACGAGGAUAGAAAUAAUGAUCAAGCAUGGUCACCAUCACCUGAAACAAACAAAGCAAGAGGUCAAUUAGACUCUGACGAAGCGUUCCAUGAAGGUUGUCGAAACUACAGUUUCUACUUCCAUCAACAGUUCUUCUCCGCGGAAAAACUACACAAUCCAAUAAUACCUUUGGGCUCAAAUCAUUACUGAAGAAAACUUAACUUGCUGUGCAAUUUUUCAUCCAAUGGGGGACCCAUACGGAAAGUAGGAGUUGGAGUGGUAUGCUAUACCUGUAACGUGUAAAUGUUUUCUUAAAAAAAAACAUUUUUAAUUGGAAUGCGUUGACUUUAAAAUUUCCUUUCUUCCCUCAGGACAAAAACCCAGAAUCGACGUGUAAGCUUCGAGCUAAAAUUGCCAAAGUAAGUCAAUUACUAAAUUGUGUGACAGUUUUAUGA